AUGAUCCGAAGAAGUCUCCGCCUUAGCAACAAGAGGAGAGCCAUUGUUGUUAUUCCUUUGGAUCUACAGGUCGAGAUUCUUUGCCGGCUGCCUUCAAAAUCCGUGGUUAGGUUUAUGCUCGUAUCGAAAUCAUGGCGAGAAAUCAUCCUCAGCAAGAGUUUCAUCAGGCUACGAUCAUUGGCUCAACCUUUGCGUUUCCUACUCGUUUUUUGCGAUAAAAAUAACCAAACUGGACGCACAAGUUGUAGCUUCUUCUCUUCUUCUUCUUUAUUGCCAUCAUCAACAUCGAUAUCAACCACUUUUCUAUCCAGAAUAACUUUCCCUCUCCGUUAUCGACCCUCGUACUCUAAUUAUUAUGUUAAUGGUCUGAUGAACAUGGGAGAGAUCAUAUGCAACCCUUUAACCGGAAAGAGCGUGUCAUUACCAAAGCUUGUCAAAUUAACAGCCGAUAGUAAACCAAGGCUAGCUACGCGCUUUUUCGGUUAUGAUCCUGUCAAUAAUCAGUACAAAGUAUUGUGCAUCACCCCAAAUCAUGCACGAAACGCAACAUCUCCGUUUAAUUACUACUAUCAGGUAUUCACAUUGGGAGCUAAACCUAAAACAUGGAGAUUUAUCGAUUGUGACAUUCCUCACAUUUGUUUGUCUAACGGUUUGUGCAUCGAUGGGUUUGUGUACUACAUUGCGAUCUCGGGCCAAGGCAUCUAUGUGAUGAGAUUCGAUUUGAAGUCUGAGAAGUUUAAUAUCUUUGCAAGAGUAUCUCAAGAAACGAAAGCUUUGUAUUUUCGUGACAACGGUUGUAGAACUUUGAUAAACUACCAUGGCAAAGUAGCCGUAGCCAUUCAACCUUCUCACUCAGUGCCUUCAAUUGAUUUAUAUGUUUUCGAAGCAGGAGAAAAGGAUUACAAAGAAAAGUCUUUCUAUAAUAUUCCUCAGCCUCAUUUACGUAUGAAAUGUGUUGUUAAUCAUAUGGGUGACAUUAUUUUUGCACCUAACAGUUCCAGAAGUGAGGCUAUUGUUAUCCACCAUGAUCUCAAGGAAGCUAGUUUUAAGGAGAUGAAGUUUGAAAUUGAUCAACAGCCAGAUUGGUUUCAUGAAUCAAAUUGUUUCGAGGGUUACGUAGAGAAUCUCAUGCUGAUUAAAGCUAGGUAG